AUGUCUAUUGACGAUAUUGGGAACAGACUUGGCUCUGAACUCUCGCUCGCGGAGAGCUACGCCGUCACAUCAUUCUUCUCCAUCGCGCUCUAUAACGUGGUCGAACUGACACUCAUCCUUUUCGUGCGCUUCAGACGCCGUGGCGGUCUCUACUUCUGGAGCUUCUUCAUCGCAACAUGGGGUAUUGCGCUUUACUCCAUAGGGUUCAUUCUUAAAGACUUCAACCUCGCAAAUUCUAUCUCGUAUGUCUACGCUUCGCUCAUGUUCCUCGGAUGGUCCUCGAUGGUCACCGGCCAGUCAAUGGUCCUACACUCUCGUCUUCAUCUAAUCGUGCAAAAUCAUCUCACACUCCGCUUGAUACUUUGCAUGAUUAUCGUCAAUGCGGUCAUACUCCAUAUUCCGGCUGGAGUCCUCUGCUAUCUAGCCAACUCUCCCGUCUUUCCCCGCUUUGUCGUGCCAUUUGCGGUGUACGAAAGAGUCCACGUGUCGGUCUUUUUUGUUCAAGAAUCGGUCAUCUCGGCCCUCUACCUAUAUGAGACGUGCAAACUGCUUCGUUCCGAAUUGGUCAUUGGAGAUAUGCACAGGGGAGCUUGCCGGAGGCUCUUGCUACAUUUGAUAUACAUGAGCGCUAUUGUGAUGUUGCUCGAUAUUGGCAUCUUACUGCUUGAGUACACGGGCAGAUAUACGUCGCAAACUGCAACCAAGGGUUUCGUAUACAGUGUGAAGUUGAAGCUGGAGUUUAGCGUUCUUAACCGGUUGGUUGAGUUCGUACAAAGGUCGAGCCAUUUAAGUCCGGACUUGACUGGUCCUCGGGACGGCUGGAACAUCAGAGGCGAAUGGCAACGCAGUGGUGGGCACCUUCACCCCCGAAUGUGCUGUUCCUGGUUUAGGUAUGCCAGCCAAGCACAGCACGAGCAUGGUUUUUCUAUUGGGGGAUACGUUAUGCGGGCCAUGCACAUCACACUGAAGUCGUCUAUUGCUGGAGAACCUACCGAGCCGGGAUCAGUCGCAGCGGCCCCUGGAUUGACUGUUCAUCAUACAGUUAAUGGGGCAGCCAAUGGUUGA